AUGGUACCCAAUAUGGAGGAUGAGCGCCUCCGAUACAGGAUACGGGAAACCACCUUAAUUGGUAGGAGAUAUGAGGCAAAGAGCGACAGUUCAACAAAUCUGGCCGCGUAUUGGUGCACUGUCAUGGUCUCCUGCACUGAGUUGGAAAACUCCCUGGCCCUAGUGUCUCUGAUUGAUCUGGGAAAUAAGCGAUCAAAGAAAAGUUGCUUGAAGUGGGGCCAGCUAGUAACUCCCCUCCCAUCAGCUUUCCUGAUGUUUCUUUCAAAUGCAGUAAUAUGCAUUGAAUUGUGUAAUGCAUGUGUUACAGUUUUCUUGGUUUCGGGGGACAGUUUUUCUGUGCUUUGGAAACUGGAAGAUGUCUCUGGGAAAUUUGAUUUUGAAAACAAAAACUUGUGCUUCAUUUUUUCCCAUCUUUCCGUAAAGUACAAGUUUGAGAUCUCUUUUGAGAACAUUUGGAAGAUUGAGCUAUAUCUUCCACGUGGUCAAGCAACAAACUUUCUUCUCAUUCAGUUACUAGGUGCUCCAAGGAUAUAUGUGAAAGAUGUAUCUGAUGUUGGUCGUUAUGAGUGGGUCAGAGAAGUUGAUUUCACUCCAUCCAGAUGCAUUGGCCAAUCUUAUGCUCUAUGUUUGGAGCUUCCAAAAAAGAGGCGGCUUCAGAAAUUACAUCUUGAUUUUUUCCAUUAUCAAGAAAAUAAAAACCAAUUUAGAUUGAUAGAAGGUUCUCCUUACUCAUUCAGUUCAGUUCUUGUGCCCAUUGUGAAUCCACCCACAGGCUUUGACCUACCAUAUAAAAUCUUGUUUAAGAUCAACUCUUUGAUUCAGCAUGGAUGUGUUCCUGGGCCAGCAAUUGUUGACGAUUUUUAUAGGUUGGUCGAUCCAAAGAAAAUCAAAUUCGAGAACAUGAUAGAAAGUGCCCUGGACAAGCUUUUUCAUUUGAAGGACUGCUGCUAUGAACCUGUGAAGUGGCUCAUGGAGGAGUACAAAAGAUACGCAGCAUCUACUCGAUUUCAAAAAACUCCUGCUAUUUCUUUAGAUGAUGGGCUGGUAUAUAUACACAGGGUUCAAAUUACUCCAUCUAAAGUAUACUUCGGUGGUCCGGAGGUGAGUCUCUCCAACAGAGUCUUGCGCCGUUACCCUGAAGAUAUUGAUAAUUUUCUGCGUGUUUCUUUUGUCGAUGAGGACUUAGAUAAAAUCCACUCAAUAACUUUAGCUCCACGUUCAUCAUCUGCAAACGAGGACAAGCGAACUAGAGUUUAUGAUAGGAUACUAUCCACUCUCAGAAAUGGAAUAGUUAUUGGGGACAAGAAGUUUGAGUUUCUUGCCUUUUCAUCCAGUCAAGUACGAGAAAAUUCUGUUUGGAUGUUUGCUUCAAGACCUGGCUUGACUGCAGCAGAUAUUAGAGAAUGGAUGGGUGAUUUUCGAGAUAUAAGGAAUGUGGCAAAAUAUGGUGCCAGACUGGGUCAGUCUUUUGGCUCUUCUAGAGAAACUGUCAGCGUUGGCAUAGAUGAAAUUAAAGUUAUUCCCGAUGUAGAAAUUAAGAAGGGACAAGUCACAUAUUGUUUCUCAGAUGGCAUAGGGAAGAUAUCUGAAGAAUUGGCUCGCAAAGUGGCAACAAAGUUACCCUGCAGCUCUGUUCCAUCAGCAUUUCAGAUUCGACAUGGAGGGUACAAAGGUGUUGUGGCUUUAGAUCCGACAUCAUCGGUGAAGUUGUCAUUGAGAAAGAGCAUGUGUAAAUACAAAUCGGAUAACACAAAACUCGAUGUUUUGGCAUGGAGUAAGUUUCAGCCAUGUUUUCUCAAUCGUCAGAUAAUAAUUCUUUUGUCUAACCUCGGGGUUAAGGAUCGAGCUUUUCUAAAAAGGCAAAGGGAGGCUAUAGAUCAACUGAAUGCCAUAUUAAUAGAUCCUUUGGGAGCACAGGAGGCACUGGAAAUGAUGUUCGCAGGGGAGAUCUCAAAAGUUCUAAAGGAAAUGCUUAUAUGUGGUUACAAGCCAGAUGCAGAACCAUUUCUUUCAAUGAUGCUUCAAACAUUCCGUGCAUCUAAGUUGAUGGACAUGCGGUUGAGAACAAGGAUUUUUGUUCCAAAUGGAAGAGCUUUGAUGGGAUGCCUUGACGAAACCAGGACAUUGGAAUAUGGUCAAGUAUUUCUGCAAGUUUCUCGCUUUAGUAGGGAGCUCAGUAACUUCAUCUGUGAAGGUAAGGUGGUGGUUGCUAAAAACCCUUGUCUACACCCAGGAGAUGUGAGAGUCCUCGAAGCUGUGAACGUGCCAGUUCUACAUCAUAUGGUGGAUUGUGUUGUUUUUCCACAAAAGGGAAAGAGACCACAUCCAAACGAAUGUUCGGGAAGUGAUUUGGAUGGAGAUACGUACUUCGUCUCUUGGGAUCUUGAUCUUAUUCCUCCUCGUCAAAUUGAACCAAUGGAAUAUAUUGCAGCACCAACUAAGCAAGCUGAUCAUGAUGUUACAAUAGAGGAAGUAGAAGAGUAUUUCACAGACUACAUGGUCAACGACAAUUUAGGAAUCAUCGAUAAUGCCCACGUCGUCUUUGCAGAUAGCGAGCCCAGGAAAGCAAUGAGCCCUAAAUGUAUGGAGCUUGCGAAGCUUCACUCAAUUGCUGUUGACUUCCCAAAAACUGGUAUUGUAGCCGAAAUACCUGAUUAUCUACACGUCAAAGAGUAUCCAGACUUUAUGGAAAAGCCUAAUAAAAAGAGCUACAUAUCAAAAUCUGUUAUCGGAAAGCUUUUUCGAGAAGUGAAAGACAUUGCAUUGCCCACGAGUCCUGCGGAAUCCUUCACUUUGGAUUUAGCAAAACAACAUUAUGACCCUGAAAUGGAAGUAGACGGCUUUGAGGACUACCUCAGUGAUGCUUUCAAAUACAAAAGUGACUAUGAUUACAAGUUGAGGAAUAUGAUGGAGUAUUAUGGAAUCCAAACUGAAGCCGAAAUUCUCAGCGGCAAUGUUUUGAAAAUGUCAAAACAUUUUGAUAGGAAGAGGGAUGUGGAUGCAAUUAAAUAUGCUGUAAAGUCACUAAGAAUGGAAGCCAGGAACUGGUUCAACGAGGGGAGUGAUGCAGACAAUAUUACUGAUAAUGCAAAAGCAAAAGCAUCAGCCUGGUAUCAUGUCACAUAUCAUCAUACUUACUGGGGUCGACGCUACGCUGAGGAAACUCAGGGAAUGGAUAGGGCUCAUUUCCUUAGUUUUCCAUGGUGUAUCUAUGACAAGCUUCUGCAAAUCAAGAAGGAUAAAAAGAGCAAAUCAGGUUUUUGGUUUUGUGUUAUUUUCUUAAUUUUUGCUUUCUUGGUGCCAAUUGUAUUGUGGUUGAGUUUAUCUGGUUUUUUUGGAGGCCUGAUUUUGGUUUUUUAUCGAUAUUUGUAGCCUCAGGUCUGGGGUUGUAACCACGGUAUUCCUCCACCACA